UCUCUCUCUUUGCAGUGACGGUUGGCCUGCUCUGGGUAUGGGUGGGUGCAUGUGCAGGUGUGAGCAUUGGCCUUCGUAGACUCGGGGAGAAGGCAGCAUCCAGAAAAGAGCAGGUCAGCGCUCUCCGAGGGGGCCCUGACUGACAACCAUGGGGCCAAUACACUGAGGGCCCCCCCAGGAAAAACAAAAACAAAAAAACAAUUAAAAGCCGAGACAACCAGAAAACACUGGUAACCAAGAAACAGAAGACAAGCCAAAGAAGAGAAAAUAACGCCAGAGCAGAACCAUGGUGGCAGAGGAGGUGAUAAUUACAUUGUCCGGUGGAGCCCCAUGGGGCUUUCGACUCCAGGGAGGUGUAGAACAUCAGAAACCACUCCAGGUGGCAAAGGUACGUAAACGCAGUAAAGCUUGCAGGGCCGGGCUGCGAGAGGCUGAUGAGCUGGUGUCCAUCAAUGAUCAGCCGUGUGGAACGCUGUCCCAUGCCCAAGCCAUGAACCUCAUUGACAGCUCCCCGGGAAUACUUCACAUCCGGGUUAAAAGAGCUCCCAUUGGUUUUCACUCUGUGGUGCUUGUGGCCCGUGCUCCAUCGCCCCGUAUUGACAAAGAAUACCGUGCUACUCUGCGUGCUAUAUCACCCACUCAGCUUCCACACGCACCUGUCCGUGAGGUCCACCGUAGCCGCUCCUCUCUAACCAGUGGUUUGACAUCUCCACCGGGUAGUGAGGCUUACUAUGCCGAGACUGACAGCGAUGCUGAUGUGGCGGGUUAUGAGAGACAGCGCCGGCAGAAACGGCGAAGCCCCAGUAACUCCACGCCUGGGAAGCAGCCUGGACGGUCCUCACCUGAAGGCGGUGAGACCUCAGAAAUGAGUGGCUAUGACAGUGCUCCAGAUGCACAGGUUUACCCCAAUUUGGCAGAUGGAGAAGGGGGUGGAGAAGAGUCACUGCCAGGGGUGGCACGAAGGGAGGUGAUUUACCAGGCACCUGGUCCAGGAUUAUGGUCCUCACAGACUUCCACUGAGACCUCUUCUAUCAUCUCUUCAGCAGACGACCAAGGCCCACGUGAUGGACCACAGGAAGAGGACAGUGGCUUCCUGGAGCCAGCCAAUGUACCUCUGGUAUCACCAGAGAGGGCCAAGGAAGCCUUAAUGCUGAAGUCUCGUGACCAGCUUGUGCCAAUGGUAGGCCCUUUGAACAAACCCGUUGAUGAGGAGCUUUCAACAACAUACGUGGAAAAAGCCAAGCAAGCUAAAUUGAAUAGAGGGGAAACAUUGCAAGACAAACAUGUAAAAGAAGCUAAAAGCAAGUGUCGAACAAUUGCAUCCCUCCUGACUGAUGCUCCCAACCCUCACUCCAAGGGAGUGCUGAUGUUCAAGAAGAGACGACAGCGUUCCAAAAAGUACACCCUCACCAGCUUUGGCAGUGUGGAUGAAGAUCAGUCCCAGGAUUCACAGGAAGAGGAUGGUGUGUUGCCAGGCAGCGAAUCAGAAUUUGAUGAAGAUGGCUUUUCAUCGGCUCCUGACCCAACUUGGGACAGUGACUAUUUGGAUAUGCUAGAAAAGAGGGCAACAGCAAGGGUUGAAGGUCGUGGGGACGGAACAGAAGAUGCUCCUAGUCCUGGGUUGAGUGACACCACAGGCAAGGGCGCACAGUUAUUUGAGCAGCAGCGAAAGAGAGCUGCUGAGCAUGCCAAGAAAGUAGAAGCAGCACAGCCUCAAACACCUCCACAAUCUGAAGUCCAGGAGAAAAUCCCCAUGCAUCAGUUGCAACCAGAGAUACUCCAUCCACAACAGAUGAUACAACCUAUCACUUCAGUCCAACAGCAAGAGUUACAGCCUAUUCUUUCCCAAGCUACAAUUCCACUUUCUGCCACAGCUCAUGGUGUGGCUCACGGGGAUCGAUUAUACUCUGCAGUUAGCACAGCAAGCAUGACAAUGUCACCUCCAUCUGUGCCUCCCAAACCAGCCACUGCCUCUAUGACCAUUCUGGCAAGUCCUUCACCACCAGCUGAGACACCAUUACCAGAACUACCUGCUAGUAAUGUUCUCAACAGGACUGCGCGUCCUUUCACACCAGGAUUCAUAAGUGUUCGAUCUGCAACUACCCCCGUUACCUUCCGUCCACCUGUCACAAAGCCGUCCCAGCAACCUGCCUCAGAAGCUAUUGUGCCACCACCAUUCUCUACUGCCUCAGAGCUAUCCAUUAAUGCUAUUUCAUUAACAUCACAGCUGCCCACUGGUCCUCCAUCAGUGCUCUCUGUGUCACCCUCUCUACCGAGAAGUCCCUAUGCCCCCAUGCCAGAUACUACUGUUAUUUCAGUCCCUCCAUCCUUAUCUACAUCUGCAAACACGUCAGCCCAAAUGAUAAAUACUACUACUCCAACUCCAAUGUCAAAUGUACCCACAGUGUCUGUGCCUUCAGUACCUUCUGCUCCACAUGUACCACUGGCUCUAGCCCCUGUUCUUGCUGUACACCAAGCUCAAAGUCCAUCUAAUGUGGCUGAGCCAGUCCCUUCGGACAAUGUGGCAGCUUUUCAGCCAUCUCCAGUUCAAUUCCCCUCUGUACCUGUAGCUCCUGUGUCUGUAAUUUCCCAGGCAGAAGCUGCAGCCCCAACUCCUAUUCUUGGACCAAGAGAUCGCACAGGAAUCUUGCUGGAAGCACGUCGACGUGGUGGGAAACCCAAACCCAUGUUCAAUGUCCCAGAGGUCAAGAAAAACUCUCCCAAUCCUGAGCUGUUGUCUAUGGUGCAGAACCUGGACGAUAGGUCUGUCCGACACAGACAAUCUCUUUCUGAGGACUAUUAUGGUGGCACAGAGGAAGCUAAAAAUCGUGAGAACGACUCUGGAAGGAUGCCUCCUCCAGUGGCACCGAAGCCCCGGGUCAUCCAUGACACACCGCAACUUCUUCAAGCAGAGGGGAAGGGUGCACAACUGUUUGCCCGCAGGCAAAACCGCAUGGGUAUGUAUGUGGUGGACGUCCAGCCACAGACUCCCUACCAGCGUGAAGUGGCCUCACACAGUUCCUCCCAACUGCCUGAUUCCCCUCUCAGGCCUUCACUCCCCCCUCAGUUUAAAUACUCCCCAAAUGUUCGUGCCCCUCCACCAAUUGGAUACAAUCCCCUUCUGGUACCUUCAAUUCCUACAGGGCCUCAAAAAGAAAAAGGCAGGGUAGAAUGCAAGGGUAGACCAGGCACCCAUCGGGAGGGCAUCAAGGCUCUGGAUUUCAUUAGAAGGCAGCCCUACCAGCUCAAUCCUGCCAUGUUCAACUAUGUAGGCAGUGCUGCUAAUCUGUCAGCCAUGCCCUCUCAUCAGACUCACAGGCAGCAACAAAGUGGCUAUACAACAAUGGUGGGUAGUUCACUAACCUCACCAAAACAGGUUCCCGUCAAAACAGCACGUGUCUAUGAGAUCAAACGAUUCUCUACACCCACACCCAUGUCAGCUCCCACUUUGGCACCCAAAGUCAUUGCACCACGUUCAGCCACCACCCUCGGAGAACGUCUGAGUCACUCUGACAUGACCUCUCCACCUCCCGCGCCUUUCACAUCAGACUACAACCACUUCUCAAAACCAACACCAGCCAAUGCAUCAACCUUAGUUUCACCUUCCUCCCACCAAGGUGGUCUGCCCAGCCUGCCAAAAUUCUCUGGUAUCUCUAUUCCCAAUCCUGUGCCCACUGCAAUCCCUACACCUUAUAGUCCACUAUCACACACCUCAGGGCUCCAGGCAGCUAAGCAGUUCCAGAGUGCCCCUGAACUGAAUAUACUUGCCUCUUUGCCACCAGUCAAGGUCAAUGUAAUCCAGGCUCCCAAACCACGUUUUGUUGCCACCAAGGGAGGCAUUCAGCCCCAUAUCUGGAGGCCGGGGGCAAUGUGAGCAACAAUGAAUCAGUCACU